UCAGCACUUAACAUGCGAAGUAACAAAUAUGAUUUCGGAAAACUGGGUUUUUGGAUGUGCCGUAAAUAAUAUGCGCUACUGGGGGCUCGUAUUGAUAGGACCAAUUAUGGCCAAUCUGGAAGUCGAGAUCGAUAGACUACCCAACACCCUAAUUGUAAGAGGCAAAUACACGAUAGAGAUAACUUUAUCUCUCAACACUAUCAAUAAAGAAGAAAGCUUCCUGAAAGAUGCAGAACAAAAGUUCCGUACGACGUGCAAGGAACUGGAGGAGAAAAUAACCUCUAUUAAGUGCAUGCGAGCGACCCAGCAUCUCCGAGGAACGUUGGAAGAAAUUUACAAUAAGGGUAAUUUUAUAAAAACAUAUUUUAAUAUUAGAGAGCGAAAACGCAGCAUAUGGUCGGCGUUGGGAGCAAUGGACUCAAAUGACAGAACUAGAUUAGACUAUGACAUGGACCAACUUAAAGGCAACGAAAAAAAAUCAAAAAACGGUUUAAUCCACCAGGCAAACGUGCUGCAAAGCACAUAUAAUUUUGUGAAUACUUCGGUUUUGAACAUGGAUACACAUUUGAUGGCCAUGAAGAAUAAAGUUGAAAAAUUAAAAUUUGAAGUGGUCAAGUACGCAAACUUCACCCAAAAUACCGAAAAUAUUAUCAACCUAGAAACCAGACUAUUAGAAAUGGGUUUAUGGUUAAAUAGUCUCAGCAGCAAGCAGGAGAAAAAGUUAGAUACACUCGUUGCGGCUUUAACACAGCAUACAUCAGCAAAUAAUAUUUUGAGAGGUCUAGUUCCACCGGGCGCUCUAAUAGACAAGUUAAAAUUAUUAGAAACCACUAUAGACGGAGGAUUAUCAUUUCCGCAUGACAAAGACGGACGAAUUACGAUUGAUAUGCUGAACAAUAUCAAUUAUGAGCAUGAGCUUAUAGACAAAGAACGAAUAAAUUUUAAGUUCUACGCACCGCUUGUAGGAACAGAAUAUUUCGAAACACGCCGAGUUGCAAUUAUGCCUCAAUUGACAAAUUUUACAGUCCUCAUUAGACAUAUAGAGGAAAAUAUAGUCAUGUUUAAAUAUGAGAGUGAUUGGGGGUACACUCUAACAAGCGACGAAUACACUAAAUGUACUAAAUUAAAAGGCGUCACAAUAUGUGACAUUAGCACGGCCCAGGAAAAUUUGAAAAGGGCCCAAAAAUGUGCGACUGGAAUUAUUUUAGAGAAAAAUACGGUGCGGUGCCAAGCAAAAGCAGUGGUGACUAACCACACUAUGUGGUUCGCGACAAGAUCUAGAAAUAAUUGGAAAUACCUUGCACCAAUGAAAACAAACAUUACCAUUGAAAUAAACGGAAACAUGACACAGCAAACCGUAGACGGUGCGGGCAUUAUAAGAUUGACCCCGCAUAUGGUAGUACACACUGAUUUUAUACGACUAGAAUACUACGAGACAAAUUAUGAAUGGGACACAAACGUUACAUUACUACCAGACAACAUAAACAGAAUAGAAACACAGGACGUGGUGAGCCGACCUGAUUUUAGGCGGUUACAAUUAAUUUCCAUUCUCUUCCAAAGAAGGAUUAAGAAAAAUCCUAAAUGGAAAAAACAUCUUUGGAAAAACUUGUCAUUAAUAUGCAUGGACAAGAUGAUGAAAUCAUUUCUCUUGUCAAUUUGUUUCAACAUCGCAAGUGUUGAAACUUGAAAUUCCAUCCACCACUCAUGUUAUGAAAAUAUGAAAAGUGGAUCAUAAUCAAAGAAGGUAUUGUUUUGAUUAUGGAGGCAAAAACAAUACCUCAGUUAUUAAAUCGAACGCAAGUUCGAAUGUUUUAAGUUUAUAUUUACAGCAAAAAACUCCAAUUCGCGGAUGUUUAAUCAAAACAUGCAACCGAGCGGAUUUACGAAAAAGUCAACAACGAUUGCAUCAGCCGUGCACGGGCACGUUCGCGAGGAAAGAGACGGAAGAGCGGCCCGCUCUCGUGAGAAGACGACGCCGCGGGAAAAAUUCGGAGUGACCGGAGUAGCGGCGAAGACUUAAGCUGGGACUUCAAGGAAGUCCGAGGUCGUUAUAGUGAUACCCCUCGUGAGGCAGGUGCCUACGUCGUUAUAGAUAGUCCGCGGUUCGUUUAGGUGUUAACGCUUAAGUUUUAUUCCGCGAGGCAGAAGUGAUGCCCGUUGUUUAAGUUUCGGUUUAGUGUUUAAGUGAUUUAAUAUUUUUUCAACUUAACUGAUAGAUUAAAAGUAAUUAAAAUCGAGCAGAUGUAGUGCAGUUAAUCAAAGGACAUAUCACAUCCAGCAGUAAUAGUGUCUAACCACUCGGUACGUAUUCCGCUUCAUUGGUGACAGCGCAAAAGAGCCUGAAAAGAUAGGCUCAGGUGCGCCGUUUUCUGGCUGGGCCAGUAGUGAAAAAGUAGAAAAAACUUACGUGCUUAAGUGACUUUGACGUAUCGGAAAAACAGACCCAAAUCAACGAAAGUGAAUGCCACGAAACGUGCAAGUCCAAUAUUUCUAAGGGCUCCUCCUCGAAGAUGGUCGAAACCUAAAAGAACAAAUAAAAAGGAUUAGAAGAAGAAACAGUGAAAGUGUUAGAGGAACAAUAAUAACAAUCCGAGAUCGACUGUUGACCAGUGUUACGCGAAUUCAAGUUUUCGAAAUCCAAUCGCAAUAGAUCCCACGGACAGGGAGCAGCUCACAGGGCACUGGAACCAGCAACAGGAUUCAACCUACAAAAAAAAUGAAAAUAAGGUAAGAUCAACCCAAGUGGUAACCAGCACAAAUAAAUUAACCUCCCGCUUUAAGGCCCUAGUUGGAAGACCCUAAUUCUAUUCUUGGUUCACAAUCAUAGAAAAAUACAAUUACUUACCCAUCCAACCUCACCGCCAUAGCGGACUGUUCACCACACUAUUCUGGCACAGAAUAUUCCACUUUCUGGCACAGAAUAUUCCACUACUACGACACUACAUUCUAAUCCGUGGCUAGUCACACGCCACUAAGAUAACCUCAGAAUUUUUUUUUAAUUUAAUGAACAAAUCAAACUAAAAAAACCAGGGGUACCGACCCGUACUGCCCAUACCGAAACAAAUUAAGAAUGACGACAAUCAAUAAUGCAUAAUUGCAUUUUUAUUAGUCGAUUGACACGGUUUCACACAUACCAGUGAAUCAAGUCCAUCGAAAAUUUUCCAAUUGGAAUGGAAACCUAAAAAUAUAUCAACUCACAGUGGGUCAAACACGUGAGUUGAUCACAUAAAAUAACAUCAAUAAAAUACCUUUUCAUUCGAGUUCCUCACAACUGGACUCAAAGUAAACAGCGAAACCAAAGAUCAGAGGAUCUAAGGUUCGAAACAGGAACGUUUUUUUUUUCUCUCUCUCUUUUAGUUUACUAAUACAUGAUCAAAUUUUUGUUAUUUCACAUCAUUACAUGAAUUUAACUUUUACAGCUAAAUAUCACAAAAGAUGACAAGUGACAAGAUGACAAGAUAGAUGAUGACACAAAUAUUAAUCCACUGAUGACAGGCAUCGCCAAAUUGUAUAGGAUUAAUCACGUCUCCGAUACAGCAAUAAUCGCGGAACGCAUAUGAGUAUGCGAUUAUUGCGAACAAAAGUGGGAAGAAGAAAACUAAAGCUUCAUCAUGACCUACGUCAAUAAUUGCAAAGCUUAGUAGCUACGCGAGACCUUGACCGUCAAACAAAUGGCACAUUGAGCCAGUAAUGAAAAAAUAAAAGUCCAAAAUUAAUUUUCACGGUUGAAACACAAACGGCAAUAAAGAGUGGUCAAGGCAUAAUUAGGAACUACGCUUAGAGGGAAAGAAAAAAAAAAAAAAAAAAUAAUAUAAUUAUCUUUAUAUAUUAAAGGGAAAUGUUUCUUCACAAAUGCAUAAUUUGAGAACAGAUAGAAGAAAUUGCAAGACUAUUGGUGUUGUUUAGUUCGUCUAGAGCCCCGACGGGUUUAUAAAUAAUAAUAAUAGGGGAAUUCCACUAGAAAAGAUAAUAAAAUAUUAGCAAUAAAAUUACAAAUUUGACACAUACUCAUCGGAGCAAAGCCCAUCAUGCAACACUCACUAUGAAAGUGGUACUCCAGGAGUAGCGACCAAAACGACUUAAGAAUUGCAUACUAAGCAAUUCACGCAGAGCCGCAAGGGGAACACAAUUCGAACGAAGCGAAGCACGUCGCACACAAUUUAAACAAAGCCGUGGUAUGAAAAGACUACACAUAGAACAAAAAGGUUCUAUACCCAAUACCAAGACAUAUAAAGACAUGCACGAUUGAAGGCAGUUAGCACGUUCAGCCGAUACUGGACUAAAUUUAGUACCACAAAUACAUUAAAAUUACUUAAUCCCAUAAGUAUGAAAAGGGGAGAAUAGAGCAAAAAGACCCAAACAAUCUAAAAAUUGGAAAAAACUCUCGGUAUCCCUACAAAUAUCUCCUUUCUCUUUUUAAGGUCAAAUAAUAUGCUGCUGGAAGCAGGAUUCAAUGACCAGAUUAGAGGAGAUCAAGGAAUACGUUGAACGGGAAUAUAAAAAUCUACUCAAAAGCAAAAAUAGGGCAAGAUCACUUCAAGGAAUUCUAACGAAAAAAGAACUCCUGAGGGAUCACCUAGAAGAAUUCGAAUCUUUAGUCCUUAAAUAUGAUAAAAGACUAAAGGACAAAGAUUGGAACAAGCUCACAGAUGACUUUGAGUUUGUAAAAACCAAAGUAGAGCAAUCCAUUAGAAUAUUAGAGGGAACUUCGAUAAUCCCAGAAAAAGAAAAUAAGAGGCAAAGACGAAACUCAGACUAUUAUAUCGAAGUGGUAAUUCCUACACAAGGAUUAAACCACUCGAUAUCCCUCGAGGAUUCGCAAAUUUGGGAAGCGUUACCCUUUACUUCAUCAUUUAAUAUAUCGGGUGAAGUAAAGAGCUUUCUACAAGACAAGAAUCAGAUAGAUAGAGAGGGAAAAAAAGGCAUCAGGAGAGGACUAUCCGAUAUCGUCUUCAUUUAUAUUACAAGAAGACGCUUCAAGCCGCUUCAAAUUUCCAGAUCAUAUUAGUCUGGAAAGCGAAACAAAUCCGGAAAAUAAAAACCAUACAGAGGAUUUUGAUUUCGAUAACACAAGUUUCAUUGAAACUUUAGAGAGGCUUAAAAAUAAAUAUUACAAAGAUAGUUUUUUCUUCAAUAGAUUACUAAAGAAGAAAAAAACCAAAAUGCCAGCAGAAACAACAAAAAUGAUGAUCGAUGCAGCUGCGAUCAUUCCAAUAUUCAGUGGAAAGGCGGAAGAACUAGAUCCCUUCCUACUACAAGUUGAUUAUUUUGCAACAGACAUCCCGGCAGCAGCUAGUCACACCCCAUUAUUGAAUGUGGUGUACACAAAGCUCAGAGGGGAUGCACUCAAACGGCUCAAUGAUAUAAGGGCCGAGAAAUGGCCCGAAGUUAGAUUAAAAAUGGAAAAACUUUUCCAGCCUGAAAAGAACAUCGGGGCAAUCUUCAAAGAAAUCGAAACCCUACACCAGGGUUAUUCAGAAUCAUUUGAGGAGUAUAAAACACGAGCCACAAAAAUUUACGAAAGUGUGAGAGAUAUCCCAGGACAGGAGGGAAAUGAUUCAUAUGUGUCAACACACCUAAGGAAACACUUCCUAGGGGGCCUGAGAAAUCACACUUUGAUUUCGGCAGGAAAGUCUCAACGAGAUAAAUCCUUUAUGGACUUGCUCGAAUGGCUACAAAAAGAAUGUGAGGAGGAAGAAGAACUCCAGGAUAUCCACAGAAGGACGAAACCGGAGAACUCACCAAAUUCUCCUCACAGAAAAAAUUAUAACAACAUGAACAAUAACACUCAAGGAGUUGCUUAUUUAAAUAACAACUUCAGAAGAAACAAUAAUAACAAUUACCAGAACAGAGGACACAAUCCUCAGGCAAAUAAUCAAAAUCAAAGUUACCAGAACAACUACCAAAACAAUGGUAGUAGCAAUAAUUACAGAAAUAAUGGUAAUAAUACAAACUACCAAAAUAAUGGUAGUAAUUACCACGGAAACAGGAAUAAUAAUAAUUAUCAAAGAAAUGAUAAUAACCAUUCCAAUUACAGGAACAGUAAUAGUUUCCGGGGGAACAAUACCGAUUUUAGACCACAGAAUAACGAUUACCGAGGAAAUGGCCAAAAUAAUGGCUUUAACAGAAAUGAUAACCGCGGUAAUUAUCAAAACGGUCAUAAUUCAAAUUAUAGGAAUAAUGACCGAAACAAUGAUACCAAUAAUAACAACAGAAACAAUGGUAGAAAUUCCUACGAAGGAAGACCCUUUCAGGGAAACCAACCUAGGAACCACCAAGGCCAAUAUGGUAAUAACAGGGAUUACAGAAGAGAUGGGUCAAAAAACUAAAAAGGAGGGAUUCAAUAAACCAAAGGUUGACGGAAUCCCAAUUUAAAAGCUGCCUUUUUACAUCAUCAAAACCAAGAACACAAAAACUAAAAAACAAAGAGACUAUAAAUAAAACAACAGAAAUUAAGUUUCCAAUAAAAGAGACCCACGAUCAGAGGUUUAGUCUAAUACUAAAUACACUCGAAAGAUCGAAUGAGUAUACUGAUUAUCUACUAGAUACAGGUGCUCAACCAAAUAUAAUAUCAUUAAGAAGAGCUAGAAAAGUCGGUGCUGUAUAUAUAGAUAAAUCCGACAGAUCAGAAAUCAAGGGAGUGACCAAUAGUGAAGCAUUGAAUUCCAUUGGCUCUACUUGGAUAAACCUAAAGAUAUUAGAACAUGUAAUCCCGACAAAAUUCUACGUGAUUGACGAAUUAUCAAUUCCAGCAAUACUUGGAGCAAAAUUCAUGAAAAGCCAUAUUGAUUCGAUUGGAGGUAACUUUAAAUAUGUUAUCUUCAAAUUGAACAUUCCAAAGAAAUCAAUUGAAGAUAAAGACAAGGUUGAUAUUAAAGUAUCGAAGAUUACCAAUAAUAAUUCUAGAAAACCCGAACAAAUAUUCAUAGCAAAUUAUCAGGAUGAAGCUAUAUUAUCUAACAGUGAAUCUGAAGAUGAAUACUUCGAAGAUGAUUACACCAGUGAAUAUUUAGAAAGUUCAGAUGAUCAUGGAGAAAAUAAUUCAAGCUACUUUAAUAGUUUAAAACCUGAAAUAGGCUCUGCCGACAAUGGAGAUGAAGAUUACUUCGAAAUAUCUUCCGCGGACGAAGAGGAACCAAUUACAGAACCCGAUAACGAAUUUAAAAUGGAAGAUUUGGAUUCCAAUCAAGAUUAUAGCUUAUUGGAGAACAAAGGAAUUACACAAGCAAGAGGAGGAGAAAGAGUGAAAAAGGUUUUGGAUAGCCUGAAACUCCAACAUCUCGAAAAAAAUACAUUUUUUGAAAUGGAAAAUAUAAUGGCAGAAUAUAGUGAUAUAUUCUUCCUGAAAGGGGAUAAGUUGACUAUCACAGAUGCAGCAAUGCACGAGAUAGAGACAACAACCAAUGUCCCUAUAAAUAAGAGGCAGUAUAGAUUCCCAGAAUCUACAAAAAAACAAAUUAAUGAAGAAAUAGACGAAAUGCAUCGCCAAGGCAUAAUAAGGCCUAGCAAAAGUCCAUGGAAUGCACCAGUUUUGUGCAUACCUAAGAAGGAUUUAGAUGCGGAAGGGAACAAAAAGUACAGAAUUGUAGUAGACUUUAGAGCUCUCAAUUUGGUUACUAAACCAUUUGUUUACCCCAUUCCCCUAAUAGAUGAGAUGUUAGAUACUAUAGGGGAUAGUAAAUAUUUUUCUACAUUGGAUUUGAAAUCAGGAUUUUAUCAAGUUCCGAUUGAUCCAAGAGAUGCGGCGAAAACAGCAUUCUCAACCCCGAAUGGACAUUAUGAAUAUACGAGAAUGCCCAUGGGACUAAGAAAUAGCCCAUCAACUUUUCAAAAAUUAAUGAACUCAGUGCUAUAUGAAUUGCCAGACAUAAGGGCUCGGGUCUAUCUUGACGACAUUUUAAUAUACGGAAGAAGCAUAAAAGAACACAACGAAAAUCUGAUCAGAGUGUUGAGAGCUCUGAGAAGACAUAACUUGAAAGUGGAAACCUCAAAAUGUCAAAUAUUAAAAACAAAGAUAAAUUAUUUAGGACACACUAUUGACGAACACGGUAUACGUCCUAUGAAAGAUAAUAUUGAAGCUGUAAGGGAUAUGCCAGUUCCAAAGACAGUAAAAGGAGUGCGCUCAUUCUUGGGAACAGUGAAUUUUUAUGGAAAAUUCAUCCCAAAAAUAGCGGAAACUCGAAAACCUUUGAAUGAUUUAUUAAAGAAAAAUGUUCGUUUCAAAUGGUCAGACGAAUGCCAAAGUGCAUUUGAGAAAUUGAGAAAUUUUCUAACAUCGGAUACUCUUUUGGUAAGACCAAAGUAUAACGAUACCUUUGUGUUAACUACGGAUGCGAGUGACUACGCAAUUGGAGCAGUCCUCUCAAAUGAAAAAACACCAAAUCGACCCAUAGCCUACGCUAGUAGAGGCUUAGUAGGGGCCGAAAUAAGGUAUCACGUAAUCGAGAAGGAAUUACUUGCCAUUGUUUGGGCAGUAAAUCGAUUCAAGCACUAUAUAUAUAAUCAAAAAUUCAUCGUUUAUACAGAUCACAGACCUUUAGUUUCUCUGUGGAAUCUGAAAGAAACAUCUCACACCUUAACUAGGUUGAGAUUGAAAUUGCAAGGUCUGGAAAUGGACAUACGAUAUAAACAAGGACGAGAAAAUAUAGUAGCCGACUUUUUGUCAAGACUUCAACAUGAAAAUGUUGAAAAGGCCAACGACACUAACGAAAAUACGGUCGCUGUGUUGACUCGUCAACAAAAACGACAACAGGAUUUACUCAUAAAUGAUGAUGAGAAUUCCGAUGAUGUCCCUGAAGAUGAAAUCUCCAAGAUAUUAAACUCUGACAUUUCGGACAACGAAAAAGUUACCUUAAACGACACAAAUGACGCCUUAAAAGACGCAACAUAUCUAUCAGCGGAGGACUUCAAAAUCGCUCUGAAACAGGAAUUGAUUGAUGAAUCAAAAGUGGUUAUUACAAAAACUAUUAAAGAUGAAAAAUCAUGCGACGCAAGAUUUGUCAUCCUAAAUAGCAAAACUGCUUUCAAUGAGUUAACAUCUUUAUAUGAUUACCCUCACGGUAUCAAAGAUUGGGUCAAAGAUAACCUUUUGACACAUCCUUCAAAUAAGGUAGCAGGAAUAUUACUCGAAGGGAAGAACAACUCCCUAAUGAAUUUUGACAAUUUUAUUGAUUUAAUGUUAACAUAUUUCAAUAACUGCCCGGAUUUCAUUCUAAACGCAAAGACAAUUCACAUGAUCUCGUUUAGAAAGAUAAAGCAAUAUCAGAUUUUACAAAUAGUAAAAUAUAUUGCGUGGAAAUUGGAUAUCAACAUCAUUUUAUACAACGCAGACAGUGAACGAACUAUAGUAAACAAGGACGAAAUUCAAACAGUUUUGCAUGAAUUCCACGAUGCGCCUCUUGGUGGACACGUAGGAGCAAAACGAAUGCAUCAACGAAUAGGCACACUUUUUGUAUGGCCUAACAUGAGAAGAGACAUUGAGAAUUAUGUAAAACAAUGUGACUCAUGUCAGAAGAACAAGAUUUGGAGCCAU